UUUCACAUCUCUUCCCUCCCCCUUGUUCCUGUCAGCUCGCCUACACCCAAGUUAAGAGGAGCAGGCAGUGUACAGUCUGUGGCAAAUUCGACUAUAAAGCGACACAGGAAUCCCUGCUGCUUCUGCUGUCAUCUUCUCUCAGCACAUCUCUUUCACUUUCUAUCACCCACAGCAACACUCUUACAUAUUUAGUCAGCCAGAUAUUUGGCAGGAGCUAGUUUAAUUUCCCCGCAGAGCCACCAACUACCACUAUGCCACCUGCCUCGACAACCGCGCCUGGCAAGUUUUCCAGCGAAUCGCCGUCAGUGGCCUCGGCCGAGAAGGUCACGUAUGAGAUCGAAAAGCAAACUGUUGACGAGAGCAGCCCUAGGCUCAAGUGGGCCUUUAGAAAGGUCGACAUGACCUUGCUCUUCAUCAUCUUCCUCAGCAACCUGCUCAAUUCAAUGGAUCGUGGGAACCUGGGACUAUCCAAGGUUGUUGGGCUCGAAAAGGACACGGGAAUGUCUGGCUCCGACUUCAAUAUCGUUGCCAGCAUCAUGUACCCGACCUACCUGCUGUUCAUGCUUCCGAGCAACCUGGCUCUGCGCAAAUUUGGUGCGCGUUUCUGGCUCUCGUUCAUCACGGUGCUGUGGGGUAUCGUCAACAUGUGCAUGGCUUUUGCAAAGAACAAGACGGACCUGAUUCUGUGCCGACUGUUCCUGGGUGCCGCCGAAAGCGGUGCAACACCCUGCAUGGUCACUUCGCGCAUCGGUCUGUUUUACUCGGCAUUCGCGGCUGGGUCCGUUGUUGGCGGCCCUAUCGCAACCGGCAUUGGCAAAAUCACAAACCCCCGCUUCAAACCUUGGGAGUGGAUCUUCUUCAUCGAGGGCCUGAUUACUGCCGGGUUCGGCCUGGUCAUGUACAUCUGGAUUCUGAAGUCGGAUGAGAAGGAAAUCAUCAACCAACGGAUGGCGCAGGACCAAAUCGAGGGCGGCAAGAAGCCAGUCAACCGCAGGCGUCUGCUCGACCACGCACGCGAUCCCCUUAUUUACUCACAGGCGCUUAUCCUCUUUUGCGCCAACUUUGGCAUCAACACCAUCCUUACUUUUGCUGCCAUUAUCGUCAAGGAGAUGGGCUACAGUGCUGGCGCGUCACAGGCUAUGCAGGCAGCACCGGGGAUCUGUGGGUUUGUCAGCAUCAUGAUUGCUCGCUUUUACCCCAGGUGGUUUGGCUCGCAUUUCUGGAGCUCAAUCUUUUGCUCGGUUUGGCUCAUUGCCGCAUCUGCUAUCCUUCUAGGGGUCACCAACAACAUUGCCCGGAUCAUUGCCCUUUGUAUGCUAUCGUUUGGCUGUUUUGGCAGCCUCAGCAUUGGGCCCGGAUGGCUGAUGAGUAACGUUGGUGGGCCGACCCGUGCUGCCUUUUCGGGAGCCAUCAAUGUCAUGUUUGGUGGUUUGGGUGGCCUUUGCACCGCCUACAUUUACCGCAACAAGGAUGCUCCGCGGUACAUGUUUGGCCACGGCAUGAACAUGUUUGCUGCCUGCCUGAUGGUGAUCGUCACCUGCACGUCGCACUUCCUACUCAUUCGUCGUAACAAGAAGAAGGAGACACAUCCGAUCGAUAUCUCUGGGAUGUCGCAGGACGAAAUCGACUUUCUGGAAAACGACCAUCCAGACUUCCGCUAUGUUGACUAACAGCUGAGUAAUUUGUAUUAACUUUAUCCAAGAAAUGAUAAUGAAUGGUGUGAAA